AUGAGUUAUCUUAAUCGACGUGUGUCGAAUAAUCGAAUAAAAUUAAAAUGUUUUUUGUCAACAAAUUACAGUCAAAUAUUUCUCCGAUUUAUAUUUGGUUGUAUAUUAUUAAUUGGUAUUAUUCAAUCGGCUGCUAUUCAACCACAAAAAAUAUCAUUAUACAAUGAAAAUGAUAAAUUAUAUAUAUUAUCAAAUAAAAAUUUUUCCAUUGUAUAUGAAUCACCAACAGCCUGGUUAAUUGAAUUUUAUGCAAGUUGGUGUGGACACUGCAUUCAUUAUACUCAAACUUAUCGUGAAAUAGCAAUUGAUACCUAUGGUUGGUCAUCUAUCGUUCGAAUUGGAGCAGUUAAUUGUUACUCUCCCGAGAAUGAACAGUUGUGUACUGAUCAUAAAAUAAACGCUUAUCCAACUCUUCGAUUAUUUCCACCUGAUACUACUUUUAAAAGUGACAAAACUGUUGAUAUACCCGUAUCCGAUGCAAAAGACGUUGAAAGAAGUCUGAUCAAUAAACUUGAAACGCUAGAAGAUAGACAAAAAUAUUGGCCAUCGCUCACAUCAGUCAGUCGUAUUGAACUAUCAGAAUUCUAUACACGUGCAUCAGCAAACACAAAAUUAGUCGUAUUAGUUUUUGAACAAAAAGAUGAUUAUAUCGGACGACAACUAAUCUUAGACUUUUCUCGCUAUUAUGAUCAACUGGUUAUUUAUCGUACAACAAAUAUGGGUAAAUUAUGGAAAAAAUUACAUUUGUCUAUGCAAGAUGCUCCUAGUCUAUACGUUGUAUAUAGAAAUUUAACAAUUGAGCGAUUAGAUGAUACAGUAUUUCCUCUUGACAAAGAUGUUGGUAAACGUAAUCUAUUCAAUUAUGCAUUGCGUACUUAUAUUCGUAAACAUCCAACUUUAAUUCAAAAUUAUAAUGAUGAUGAUUUAGAAGAAAUUAUUUUAAGAAAAAAAGCAUUAAAAAAUAAAAAUGAGGUAGUUACUGCGACAAAACAACAAAAAUCAAUAAAUAAUGAAAGUGAUAUAAAAAAAGUUUACAUGUUAGAUAUGGAAUCUGGUUUAGAUUUUAUGUUACGUCGUGAAAUUUGUAAAAUCAAUGAAAUAAACAACGAUGCCUAUAAUGCUCUAGUCAAAUGGCUUACCGUUCUUGUUAAGUAUUUUCCUGGACGAGAACCUGUUAUGACUUAUUUAACAAGAUUAUUAGAUGAAGUUAAAAGUCAACCAAAUGGUUUUACUGGUAAUGAAUUUCGACGAAUGGCUAACAGAAAGACGGAAGAUGCGUAUUUACCAACUUAUUUUCAACAGUGGCGUCAUUGUGCCGGUUCUGCAAAUCAAUAUCGUGGAUAUCCAUGUGCUGUUUGGCUUAUAUUUCACUCGUUAACCGUAGGACAAGUACGAUUUGAAGAAAAAAAAUCUGUGCCAUCCGAUAAACUGGAUAUGAUUGAAGUACCAUUGGCUAUUAAAAAUUUUAUCAAAUAUUUUUUUGGUUGUCGAGAAUGUAGUGAUCAUUUUAUGAAGGAAACAGUUAAUGUUGAAGAUAUUCAACCGAAUAAAUAUGAAGCUGUUCUUUAUCUUUGGAACAUUCAUAAUCGUGUUAAUGAACGUUUACAUGGCGAAAUAUCAGAAGAUCCAUUACAUCCUAAAUUACAAUUUCCACCGAUACCUCUAUGUAAACAAUGCCAUAAAUUAGAUAAAGAUGAUGUUACGUCAUUUAAUAAAGACCGUACAAUUGAGUUUCUAUUGGAAUUCUAUUCAAAAGACAAUAUUGACUCGUCAAACUUAACAGAUUUUCAACAACAAAGCAUAAGAAAAUUAAGAUCCCGGCAAAAAUGGAAACAAAUAAAUGAGAAUGAUGGUAAUAUAAAUAAUAUUCCAGACGAAAAUAGUGAUAAUGAGUUAAGUAAAUAUAUUAAAAAAUCAAGUUUGUUUGGAACAACAACAAUGCUGCUAAAGCAUUUUAAAAUAUAUUUUAUUGUUACUUGUUUUGUUUUUGUUAUAUUUUUACGUUAUAGAUUUUGCAAAGUAAAGAAAAAACGUUAUACGUUGUAG